AUGGCAGAGGCAGCAGUAGUCCUAGCUCUUAGCAAACUUGUUACCUCUUUUGGAGUAGCAUCACUGAGGGCUUUCAUAAAGAAAGAAGUCACACUGUCGCAAGAUUUACCAAGGACUGUGAAACGCAUUGAAAGGGAAUUGGACAUGAUUCAUCAUUUCUUAAGCCAAGUUGGAUCAAAAAUCUACAGCAAUACAGUUCUUGAAGGCUGGAUAGUGAGGGUGAGGAAGGUUGCUUAUUGUGUCGAGGACAUAAUAGAUGAGUACUGCUAUAACAUUGAUCUAUUACAGGAAGAAGGAUUUUUCAAGAGGGUGAUACACACAACCUACUAUGCAAAUGCUUUUCGUGUCAUUGCUUCAGAAAUGAAAGACAUUGAGGAAGAGAUCAAACACCUGUCACAACUGAAAAGAGACUACAGAGAAAUGUUCAAUGAGUUACUUGACAACACAAGUAACAAUACUAAAAUUCAAUCCCUAACAUAUAAUGAGAAUCCUCGUGCCAUUAAAGUAGAUGACAUUGUCGGCAUGAAGGAAUACUUGGAACUGCUGCAAAAAUGGCUAGAUCCCAAGGAAUUAAAGCGGAUAGUAGUAUCAGUGUGGGGUUUUGGUGGGUUAGGUAAAACUACCCUAGUCAGGAAGGUUUACGACAGGGAAAUGGGACUGAAAAGUUUUGAUUGUUAUGCAUGGGUUAAAAUAUCACAUAGUUAUGACAUUCGUGUUAUAUUUAGGCAGUUGAUUCAGGAGCUAAAUAAGGACUAUGGCAAAACUCCUGCUGAUGUCGGUAUUAUGCACUGUGAUAAGCUCGGUGAUGCAUUAAGGGGAGCAUUAUCAAAUAAGAGGUACUUUAUUGUACUCGAUGAUGUUUGGGAUACAAGAGCUUUUAAUGAGUUAUCUGACCUGUUGGUGGAUAACCAUAAAGGAAGUCGGAUAAUUAUCACAACCAGGAAUAAUGAUGUUGCUUCAUUAGCACAAGAAAUGUACAAGAUGAAGCUUAACCCACUCGGUGCUGAUGAUGCAUUUGAACUCUUUUGUAGAAGGACUUUCCAGAAUAGCAACAUGGAGUGCCCCUGUCAUCUCAAGGAAUUAUCUAAGCAGAUAGUGAACAAGUGUGGAGGUUUGCCACUAGCAAUUAAUGCGAUAGGAAAUGUACUAGCAGUACAGGAACCAGACGAGAUAACAUGGAGAAGAAUGGAUAAUCAGUUUAAAUGUGAGUUGGAGGACAACCCUAGGCUAGACAAAGUAAGGAGUGCACUGAGCAUAAGCUUCGCGUACCUUCCAAGACACCUCAAGAACUGCUUUUUGUAUUGCAGCAUGUUCCCACAAGAUUAUAUUUACACACAUGAGCAGAUUGUCAAGCUAUGGAUAGCCGAGGGUUUUGUUUCACACAGAGGGCAAAGUACAUUAGAGGAGGUUGCAAACGGCUAUUUUACUGAGUUGAUUCAUCGAAGCAUGUUGCAACUUGUGGAGAAUGAUGAGACUGGCAGAGUGGUAAAAUGCAGGAUGCAUGACAUUGUGAGAGAAUUAACUCUCUCAUUUUCCAGGAAGGAAAGAUUUGGUAUGGCAGAUAUAACAAACCUUGAGAACAAGGACGAUGUUCGUCGAUUAUUGUUGUCAAACCCUGAUCAGGUGAAUCAGCUGAUAACAUCAAGAAUGGAUUUUCCACACCUUCGAACAUUUAUUGCAACCAGAGAAGUUGCAAGUGACCAGUUGUUAUGCUUAUUGAUUUCCAAGUAUAAAUACCUUUCUGUUCUGGAGCUGCGAGAGUCACCCAUUACCAAGAUCCCGGAAAAUAUUGGGAAUUUAUUCAAUCUGCACUACCUUGGCCUGAGGAGAACGCGUGUUAAGUCCCUCCCAAGGUCAAUUAAAAGGCUUUUGAAUUUGGAAACGCUGGACCUGAAGUCAACUUGCAUUGCAACCCUGCCAAAAAAGGUAUCCAGGCUCAAGAAACUGAGGCACUUAUUUGCUGAGAAAUUGGCUGACGAAAAAAAGCAGCAUUUACGCUACUUUCAGGGUGUGAAGUUUCCAGACGGAAUUUUUGACUUGGUACAGCUGCAAACUCUCAAGACUGUCGAAGCAACCAAGAGAUCAGUGGAGCUGUUGAAACGUCUGCCCGAGCUGAGGCUUCUGUGUGUUGAGAAUGUACGCCGUGCUGACUGCAGGAUACUGUUUGCAUCCAUCUCAAAUAUGCAGCACCUCUAUAGCUUGCUCAUCAGCGCCAAGGAUCUAGAGGAACCUCUGAAUUUUGCUGCUUUCGAUCCUAGACAUACACAGCUAGAGAAACUCACUAUCAGAGGAUGCUGGGACAAUGAGACCUUCAGGGGACCAGUGUUCUGUGAGUAUGGUAUCAACAUAAAGUAUCUGACACUAACCUUUUGUGAAAAUGAUGCUGAUCCACUGUCCUCAAUCUCAUUGAGCAUGCCUAACCUGAUAUUCUUGAGCAUCCGCCGGGGAUGCUGGGCUGAUGAUAUAAUAGUACGUGCGGGAUGGUUUCGUCAACUGAAAACCCUUUACUUGGAGAACCUGGACCGACUAAAGAGACUGUUUAUCGAGGAAGGUGCCCUUGUCCGGCUUGAAGUGCUUCUUAUGUUGUCUCUAACGUCUCUCAAGGAAGUUCCUAAAGGUUUGGAGCUUGUUUCAUCCCUCAAGAAGCUUAAUGUCUCAAUGCAGCCCCCUGAAUUUAAGUUAGAAUGGGAAAGAGACAACUGGAGGAUGAAGCUGCACCACGUCCAAGAAAUAUGUGUCUUCCUACUUGAGCCUUCAAAGAUCGCAAAUUCGUACCGAUUCGACAUCAAAACAGAAGAGAACAUUGUUACCAGGAGCAUAGUUGUAGUAAAGUCAGGUGGCGCGGCGGGGUCGAACGCAACCGCCGGCACGCGAUUACGGCUGUCGGAGCUCCCGGGACGGUUCCUGCCUCUUGGCGCGCUUCUAGCCGCCGGCCGCCGGAAGGCGCUCUGCUCCGCUCUCGGUUUCCGGAGAGGCGGAGAACAAGAGGACCUGUGGGCAGUGGGUGUGGUUCUGAUUCCGGCUGCGGGCUGGGCUGUAGAAAGUAACUUUGGUGGUGCAGCGCAACCAGAAGAAGUUGGAGCGGACAGAGUGGCCUUACGGGCCUACCAUUAUGGGCCUGUCCUUGCCACAGCAGCGGACCAAAAGCUAGGCCUGGUUGCGAUCCAAGACGCUGCACGGAGCGGAGCGAGGGAAGCACAGCGCCGGCGAUGGCGACUGCGAAGCGAACCCGGCGGUGGCGGGGGCGUCGGGGCAGCGGGACAAGCCAGCGGAGUCGCUGGCUCAGCUCUUUACCAACGUCUCCCUCAUGGUCCGCAGCGAGCUCCAGGUUUUCUCUUCGACCCUAAUCGAAACCUUCGGGGGUCGCGCAAUUACAGCCGCGUCCUCACUUUCCUGGAUUUAGCUAAGCUGAACGAUUGUGGUCUAUUCCCGGUUAUCGACUCUAUGAGAGGAGUAAUUUUAAGUGCGCAUUAG